UUUGGCGCGUUUUGUGUCUCCCUGCCGGGCUCUUCUGGGCUGCCCUUCGUCCCGGAGGAGGAGGAGGAGGAGGAGGAGGAGGAGGAGGGGGGGGGAUGCGGUGCUUGUUCUUGCCUUCGCCCCCCGUGGGAGAGAAAUCUUCUGCCUAGGCCUGUUGCCCUUCUUCCAGCCAUGUUUUCGGAGCAGAGUGUCCAGCCUGUGCACAGCCUCUUGGCUUCCCCAUCUGCAGUGGCCUCUACCUUUGCCCGGGUGCCCAUCUCCACGUACACCAACUGCUCCCAGGACUUCAGGCUGGGGGAGAGGACUUUCAACCGUCAGUAUGCCCACAUCUAUGCCACACGCCUCAUCCAGAUGAGACCGCUAUUGGUGGAGAGAGCCCGGCGCAAAUGGGGGAGCAAUAUUACUGUGAAGAAACUGUGCGAACUGCAGAUAGUAGAGAAGUGCUGUGUAGUGGGGACGCUCUUCAAGUCAAUGGAGCUCCAGCCCUCCAUCCUACGGGAAAUCAGCGAAGAGCACAAUCUGCCACCUCCACCUCCCCGCACCAAAUACAUCCACCCAUCGGAUGAGCUGAUCUUGGAGGACGAGCUGCAGCGCAUCAAGCUAGAGGGAGCCGUAGAAGUUGACAAGCUGGUGACAGGGACCAUCCUUGCUGUCUAUGGCUCGGAGAGAGACGAUGGCAAGUUCCUUGUUGAAGAUCACUGCUUUGCAGACAUGCCCACACAGCUGCCCAUGAUGGGCCCCAAUACAGACAGGUUCGUCUUGCUGGUGUCAGGCCUCGGCCUCGGUGGCAAGAGCGGAGAGAGUCUCCUCGGCAUGCAGCUGCUCGUGGACAUGGUGACCGGUCAGCUGGGCGCCGAGGGAGAGCAGUCCAGCGUAGCCCUCAUCUCUCGGGUCAUCCUAGCAGGCAAUUUGCUCAGCCACAAUACCCAGAGCAGAGACACAGUGAACAAGGCAAAGUACUUGACCAAGAAGACUCAAGCUGCCAGUGUGGAGGCUGUGAAAAUGCUGGACGAAAUCCUGCUGCAGCUGAGUAUGUCUGUACCUGUGGAUGUGAUGCCUGGUGAGUUUGAUCCCACCAACUACACGCUGCCUCAGCAGCCACUGCAUCGCUGCAUGUUUCCCUUGUCAAGCGCUUACUCCACGCUGCAGCUCGUCACCAACCCCUACCAGGCUAACAUCGAUGGUGUCAGGUUUUUGGGGACGUCAGGGCAGAAUAUCAGCGACAUCUUCAAGUAUAGCAGCAUGUCUGACUAUCUGGAAAUUCUGGAGUGGACCUUGAGGAUUGGGCAUCUCAGCCCUACAGCCCCAGACACACUUGGCUGUUACCCAUUUUACAAAACCGACCCCUUCAUCUUCACUGACUGCCCUCACGUCUAUUUCUGCGGGAAUGCACCUUUCUUCACAUCCAAGGUAGCCAAAGGCGAUGAUGGGCAGAAGGUCUUGCUGGUGACCCUUCCUGAUUUCAACAAGACACAGACUGCUUGUUUGAUCAAUCUGCGUGACCUCACAUGCCAGCCGGUCAGUUUCUCUGCCUUCGGUGCCAAUGACGAGGAGGAAGAGGAAGAAGAACAGACAGUAAUGGAGACUGGACAUUGAGAGGCAUGUGGGAUCUUGCCUUCUACCCGGAAGAUGUGCAUAUAAAGGCGAUGGGGACCUAGGAGCCACGCCGCUUCCCCGUUACUGGAUGUAUGAACCUUCGACUCAGACAGAAUGCAAUAAAGAGUUUUCACUUUGUGCUUUU